AUGUCUCGAAGCCCAUCCGUUGCCUGUAUAGGCGUGAUCGGAAGAAAUAACAACCCGCUCCAUAUCGCGCUCUUUCCGGCUACUGGACAAGGUCAUGAGCAACAUCGCGACAAGCUUGAGUACUCCUUUAUGCUCAACUCGUGCCUUGACAUCUUCGAAGCCCGGAUGCCUUCGAAGACCGUGGGCCAUGACUUUGGCUUGCUUCACGCGUUGGAUGAACGUAUUGCCAUGUACGGCUGGCUUACCAAUACCGGCGUCAAGCUUGUCAUCGUCGUGGAUAUGGAAGGUCGCACUGCUCCUACGCCCGAGGCUGGCAAGACUGCUAUCUUAGGGUUGCGGAACAGCGAUCUUGCUCCGGCAUUCCAGGCGCUACAAACAGCCUAUAUUCGCCUUCUGCGCAACCCCUUCUACGUACCGGACGAGCACGACCCCAAACUGCAUAAGGGACGUGGCUCGCUUCAGAUCACCAGCCCUCGCUUUAUCAAUGAAGUCGACCGCAUCGGCAAGGCUUGGCUACCCGGCAUGACAGCUAUUUGA